ACAAAGACUUCCUUUUGCAAAGAACAUUUUCUGCGACUGCAUCGACAUUUAAGUUUUAAAAAAUGUUGGAGAACGUUUUCAACGUAUUUUGUUUUAUUUUGCAUCUAAACAAACCGAUUGGUAAUUGAUUAAUUAAUUUUCUAGAUUGCUUUAGUAAUUGAAAUGAGCUGACGGUUUCCAUCGCGAUUUUGGGCAGUCAUAUUUUAUUUAUAAAAUAUUUACAAUGGAGAAACGAGGGGAAUCCUUUGAUUGCAUAGAAAAUAAGAUCAAUUUGAACAGAUACGUUGAAGAAAUAGAGAUGCCUAAUUUGAAAGAGUUACCAAAUUCGGCCAAUAAAAUGAAACCAUUCAAGACCGUUAAAGUUCUUCCUGAGAGAGGAACAUGGGGAACCAAACUAGACUUCAUACUUUCCGUCGUUGGUUUGGCUAUAGGGUUGGGGAAUGUUUGGAGGUUCCCUUAUCUUUGCUAUAAAAAUGGCGGAGGAGCCUUCCUCGUCCCAUAUUUCAUUACAUUGUUCCUAGCAGGAAUUCCCAUGUUCUUUAUGGAACUCGCUCUUGGUCAAAUGAUGACAAUUGGUGGAUUGGGCGUCUUUAAAAUAGCGCCAAUCUUCAAAGGAAUCGGCUAUGCAGCUGCUGUCAUGUCCUGUUGGAUGAAUAUUUAUUACAUCGUUAUUUUAGCAUGGGCGAUUUUUUACUUCUUUAUGUCGUUAAGGUCCGAUGUUCCUUGGAGAACUUGCAAUAAUUAUUGGAAUACGCAAUUUUGCGUAAAUCCCUACGAUCGCGAUUCUCUCAUGUGUUGGGAUCAUUAUAAUAUAAACAAUACUUUUACAAAGAUGUGUAAUGUUAAUUCCUACAACAUAACAUUGACUGAGUUGACCGAUCCAGUUAAAGAAUUUUGGGAACGACGCGCAUUGAUGAUAUCAGAAGGUAUAGAAAAGGUGGGAGGAAUUCGAUGGGAAUUGGCAGGAACCCUUUUACUAGUAUGGGUUCUUUGCUAUUUUUGUAUUUGGAAAGGUGUAAAAUGGACUGGAAAAGUUGUCUAUUUCACAGCACUUUUCCCUUACGUACUUUUAACAAUUUUGCUAAUAAGAGGAGUCACAUUGCCCGGUGCAAUGGAAGGAAUAAAAUUCUAUGUAAUGCCUAACAUUUCUAAAUUAAAAGAGUCGGAAGUCUGGAUCGAUGCUGUAACACAAAUUUUUUUCUCGUAUGGUCUUGGUUUAGGAACGCUGGUGGCACUGGGGAGUUACAAUAAAUUUACUAACAACGUCUACAAGGAUGCUUUGAUAGUUUGUUCUGUUAAUUCUACUACAAGUAUGUUUGCUGGGUUUGUAAUAUUUUCUGUUGUGGGCUUUAUGGCCCAUGAGCAGAAGAAGCCAGUUGGUGAGGUAGCAGCUUCCGGUCCUGGAUUAGCUUUCUUAGCAUAUCCAUCGGCAGUUCUUCAACUUCCAGGUUCACCACUUUGGGCAUGUUUAUUUUUCUUUAUGAUUCUUUUGAUAGGAUUGGAUUCUCAGUUUUGUACGAUGGAAGGUUUCGUUACUGCCGUUAUUGACGAAUGGCCGAAGUUGUUACGACCAAGAAAAGAAAUAUUUAUCGCUGUGGUGUGCUUGCUCUCGUAUGUGGUUGGGUUAUCAUGCAUUUCUGAAGGCGGAAUGUACGUCUUCCAAAUUCUUGACUCAUACGCCGUUAGUGGAUUUUGUCUACUGUUUUUGAUAUUUUUCGAAUGCGUUUCUAUAUCUUGGGCUUACGGGGUGGAUAGAUUCUAUGACGGAAUUAAGGAAAUGAUCGGGUAUUAUCCAAUGGCAUGGUGGAAAUUUUGCUGGACUAUUGCAACUCCACUUAUAUGUGUGGGAGUCUUUAUAUUUAAUUUGGUACAAUGGACACCUGUGAAGUAUUUAAAUUACGAAUUUCCUCUGUGGGCGCAUUUGUUUGGAUGGUUUACUGCGCUAACAUCAAUGCUCUGUAUACCUGGUUAUAUGAUUUACAAAUGGUAUAGUACCCCUGGAGAUCAAAAAACGCGUUUUCGGUUGCUGGUGCGAAUAGACGAAGAUAUUCCUACACUUCGGGCAAAAAUGCAAGGCACAAGUCCUUCAGCUACAUCAGUUGUUUAAAAAAAAGAAAAGCUUGUAAACAUCACUAUAUUGGUGUGUUUAGAAGUGAUAACUGACGCUACAUAUUCGUAGAUUUUUUUUAACAGUUAUUUGAACAAGAUGAACAAACGUGAUCCUCUUUUAAGUCAUUGUUGGUGUUCAAGUUGUUAAUAAAUUAUUUGGUAGUUGGAAUUAGAAAAUUUUAUCUACUUUAUAAAAGGCAAUUCUAGACUAAUUUUUUAUUAUACUAAAGUACUAUAACAUAAUCAGUAGGGAGAUUCACAUAAAAUAUAAACACCAUUGUAAGUAUCCGCAUUCCAUGUGUAACUUAAAUAUAUAGUCCCUUGCUGAAACACUUACUAAAAAGUUGCAAAGAGAAAUUUAUAAAGUUUCCAUUUAUUUCAUAAAUAAUACUGAAUAGUAUAAACAAACAUAUUAAUAUAAUCUAUAAUCUAAGUUUCUGGAUUCUAAAAAUUGGUUUGGCUAAUUGUUUUGGUAUAUUCGUUAUAAAUAUCAAAAAAUAUAAUUUUUAUGAUAUUAAAAGUUUUUAAUGUUAAGAUAAUGUUCAUAACACAUUU